CACAAAAAAAGCAGACCACAUUUCUCUCUCUCUCUCUUUCUCACUCCUCUUUCUCUCUCUUAUUUUGGUGUCCUUUUCCUUCCCUCUUUCUUCCUUUCUUUCUUUCUUGUUGUGGUGUCCUCUAGCUCAGCCCUCUAAUUUCUGCGUCCAAGUCACUCACCGAUGAUCAUCGCCAUCGCCGCUGCCCUGCACUGAUUUCAUCGGUGAAUGAUUUUCUAAGGAUAUAGAAUUCAGCUAGAUAUUUUUAAGAUGGCUUCAGUGAGUGUGGCACCUAAUUCUGGCCCAAGGGAGUCCAGCAAUAAUGCUGUAGGGGUUGAUAGUUUGCCUGAGGAAAUGAACGACAUGAAAAUUCGGGAUGAUAAGGACAUUGAAGCAACAGUUGUGGACGGAAAUGGUACGGAGACAGGGCACAUAAUAGUGACAACGAUUGGCGGUCGAAAUGGCCAUCCUAAGCAGACUAUUAGCUACAUGGCUGAACGUGUUGUUGGACAUGGAUCAUUUGGAGUUGUGUUCCAAGCAAAAUGCUUAGAGAAUGGUGAAACAGUUGCUAUUAAAAAGGUUCUCCAGGACAAGAGGUACAAAAAUCGGGAGUUGCAAACCAUGCGUCUUCUUGACCAUCCAAAUGUUGUCUCCUUGAAGCAUUGCUUCUUCUCAACUACUGAAAAAGAAGAGCUUUAUCUCAAUUUGGUUCUUGAAUAUGUACCUGAAACUGUUCAUCGCGUUAUCAAACAUUAUAAUAAGCUGAACCAGAGGAUGCCACUGAUAUAUGUGAAGCUGUAUGCCUAUCAGAUCUUCAGAGCAUUGUCCUAUAUCCAUCGAGCUAUUGGAGUAUGUCACAGGGACAUAAAGCCACAAAAUUUGUUGGUGAAUCCUCACACUCACCAAGUUAAAUUAUGUGAUUUCGGAAGUGCCAAAGUUUUGGUCAAAGGGGAGCCCAAUAUAUCUUAUAUCUGCUCCAGGUAUUACAGAGCUCCUGAGCUGAUUUUCGGAGCCACAGAAUAUACUACUAGCAUCGACAUUUGGUCUGCUGGAUGUGUGUUUGCUGAGUUACUUCUUGGACAGCCUCUGUUUCCCGGUGAGAGUGGAGUAGACCAGCUUGUUGAGAUCAUCAAGGUUUUGGGCACUCCAACCCGGGAGGAAAUUAAAUGUAUGAACCCUAAUUACACCGAGUUCAAGUUUCCUCAGAUCAAAGCUCAUCCCUGGCACAAGAUAUUCCAUAAGCGGAUGCCUCCAGAAGCUGUUGAUCUUGUUUCUAGGCUCCUACAGUACUCUCCUAACCUACGCUGCUCGGCUUUGGAUGCUCUUACACACCCCUUCUUUGAUGAGCUUCGCGAUCCAAAUGCUCGUCUGCCAAAUGGCCGUUACCUUCCUCCAUUGUUCAACUUCAAGGCUCACGAGUUGAAGGGUGUCCCGACAGAAACUCUGGCAAAGUUGGUCCCGGAGCAUGCUAGGAAGCAGUGCCCCUUCCUCAGUCAAUGAUUUGUCUGAGGAGCACAGCACAGUAGGCAUCAAAGUUUCAGUCUCUUUUUCGCUGCUGCUGCUGCCCUCUCUCGUCGCAUCUUGGUGUCUAUUGUUAUUGCCGUGUUUUGUAAUAUCUGAUGUAGUGAAAUGCUUCUGCUGCUGCUGCUACUACUACUGCUGCUGUACUGAUUUCCUGUCGAAUUGGCCUCUACUACUACUACUUACUACUCUCUCUACUCUCUACUAUUUGUGAGCUUAUUAUGUAUGUGUGUAAGAAUAUCCUGUUGUCUCUCUAUCGACUUGUUUCUUCUGUUUUCUUAGUUCUAAUUUGCAGCACAUAAGCAAUUAUAUAUCUCGGUGCAUUAUUAACAUCAA